UUCCGCAUCCCCGUAUCACAGACCAGCCGCUGCCAGCCGCCGUUGCUCUGCUCUCGCCGCCGUUCGGCCGUCCACCGCCAUCCAGCUACCCACCGUUCACCGUAGCAUCUCAGUCCUGACGUUCUCUGGGAGUGAUUUGAAGCUUGCUCCUUCAGGAUUGUUGAUCAAGUCUCUGAUGGAGUCGUUUUUAGACUUAAAUGAAAUAUGUGAGGAGCAAAAUUCGUCAUAUGCACUCAGAUUGGUGCCAUGGUUGAACUGGGAUGAAUGGGUUUUGGUUAAAGAUUCUCUAUUCUCAGAUUCCCCAGAUUCCAUUGCUUUUGCUCUCAAAAGAAUAUCGGCAUGGGAAAGUCGAGGAUGUUUACCAGCUGCGAUUGAGGCUACUGCUUCCAUCAUUGAAAUUCAACAGAUGGAUCCCUAUUUUAGGGUGGAUGAUGAUCAGUGUAAUGAUAAUUCUCAUUCCCUUUCAGAGAAGAUGCUUGCUCAUUUGUAUUGCAUGACAAUCAUUAGGCUUGUCAAUGGUGUUAUUGAAAAGACGCGUAAAAAAGAAGAGAAGUCCAUAGCUGUGGCAGCUGAGGAAAUUGGUAUUCCACGCACACUGAUUGAUAUUCGUCAUGAGGCAUCACAUCGUGGACUUCCAUCACUUCAACUUCUUCACAGUGCCUCAGUUAAGGCACUUGAUUGGUUGAAAUCUUAUUAUUGGGAACCUCAGACCAAGGCAAUUCCUUUUGAAGGUGAUGGAAAUGCAAAGGCUAGAAAGAAAAUCAAAUCCAAGUUUCAAGAACUGUCUUCCUACUUGAAAAGCAACCAGAGUCCCCAGUCUAAUAGUCCAAUACUCGAUGGAAAACGUUCUAAGAAACAGGUUUCUAAGAUAUUGAAAUCUCUUGUUCAGUUAUAUUCUUCCUACUCCUCAGAGAUUGUAGAUGCGUUGUUGGAGUAUUUGUUAAAAGCCCUGAGUUCUUCAGAACUAGUAGAGCAUGCGACACAUGCUUCACUUGGUCCAACCAUAAACAUUAUUUUGGCCAAUUGGAAGGUUGUCAUACGCAAAUUUUGGGAUAAGGAGCCGGAAUUACUUGUGAACCUUCUCAAGGAAGUACUCAUUAUGAUUGAGACCCAGGAAGCAAUGAAAUAUGAAGAAGAAAUACAAUGUAUAGGAACAUCACGUAGGGAAGGGUUUUGCCAGAUUGAUCUUCUUGCAUCUUUGUUUGAAUGGGUUGUUGGGAUUCUAAACAAAGUACCAUCUGCUAAAGCAAAUGUACCGAAAAGUGUUUUGCUUGAACUUGUACGAAAAUGUCUUCGAAUACUGCCUCCUAGCAAUAAGCAGCUAAUGGAUUCAGCCCUUCUCCUUGCAAAAUUGAUGGAUGAUAGCUCUUUAAUGGAGAAAGUUGAAAAGCUCUCCCAUGUCAUUCUAUCCAACUCAGUCAUAACCAAUGAUGAAAGCUCUUUGCCCAUGGCUUCAGUGAAUUUCCUUCAGAUGGAGGAAGAGAUACGGCAAGCUGCUAGAAAGCUGGAGUCGUUUAAACAACGAGUAACAAAGAGUAAAACAUCAUCAUCAAUGGAUUGCUUAACUGACGAGCCUCGGACAUGGGCUUUGGCUAAAGAAUGGAACCCAUGUCCAAUCGGCAUGUUGCCCCGCACUGCUGGUUCAUCUGGUUAUCUUCCUUCACUUGAUCGUAUUGAUAAUGGGAAAGACAUUCAUGAAUUGGAUAGGAAGGAGACUCAGAAACCAAUCAAACAUGGUGUCAAGAGAGAUGCCACUUUGGACCUUACGCUGCUUGAUGAAUCAACUCUUAAGAAGAUAAGAGAGGCAGGACAAGUUUCUGAAUUAGAGCAUGAUGUAUUACCACCAGUUAAAGCUAAGGGAUGCUUACUAAUAGAUGGGCUUUGGAAGAGUGUCACAGAAGAAGAGUUUCGAGCCAUUAAGUCGUCUGUGAGGAUUUUAGUUUAA